AUGGCUACACGAUUAGCGACACAACGAAACUUUAUUACCGUAAUCCCAGCAACUGGCAUUAAAGGGGACGAAGCAAACGCAGCACAAGCAUCUGGCGAACCACUGGAUGCCACGAUCGCACCCAAUGGCUCCGUCAAUUCCGAUACACCAGAAGCAUCGGUCAACGUUUCAAGUGCUACGCCCGUGAUGGCUUCGUGUACCACCGGAACGACACAGAUACCGACGAUUGCCGUCGCAGGAAGUCUUAAAAAUGGCGCCAUAAAACCCGCCCUUUUGCCCACCGCCUUACUGAACAACUCGAACAUCAUGAGCCUACUGGGCAACACAACGAACGGCCUCUCUUUGCAACAGAUGAUACAACAGCAGAAAAAAAUUGUGAUUCAUCCCAACGGAACCGUCAUUAAUAUUCUGCAUUCUGUCAGUGACGAGAGUGAAAGUGUAGAUUUGAAGGCAGACAAUGAAAAGCUCUUGGACAACCCUGCAAACGAUAGUACCGAAAGCGGUAGUACUUCGGAAGCUACAGCCGAUGACACACCACAAGUUACGGCCCAGGUGGCCGUAGUGCAGGCACAAAACUCAGCCGAUGGCACACCGCAGUAUAUCACUGUUACUGUCUCAUCGCCCGACAAUGGCCCCAACCACCACACGUACGUGCAGUACGUCGACUCGGAUAUGUACAAUGCCUCCAACCAGGGCCAGACACAAAUGUCGUACCCCGUGUAUACCGUCGGCGACUACGGUUCGAGCGGCCAGCAGCAACAGCAACAGCAGCAAUAUUAUGCUGCAGGAGGAAAUUAUAGUACGACCGGAGCCGGUACCAAUACCACACACUCGGACGCCAGUGGAACCGGAAACGGUUCGACCAACGGUGGUUCCAACGCGGCCCCGAACGGAACCGUUAAUGGAACCGUUUCCACCGGUAACGGCACUGCACCGAAUGCUGGAACCGCUAAUCAGCAGCAGCAGCAGUACAUUGUACCGGUCGACGAAUCGGUGCUGCUCGGUACGGGCACCGGUGUCAACGGGAGCAAUGGGAACGCACCCGGAACGCAACAGCAGUCGGAUUCGUCGCCCCAAAACAUGACGGACGUAGUCUCCUAUUUGCACGCACAGCAAGCGUCUGCAGCAUCGGGCCAGGAUCUCGAUCACAGCCCCAAUCUGGCCCAUGCUGCUCGCGUUCUGCCCGCUACGGUCAAUUGGUUGAUGGAAAAUUACGAGACGGCUGACGGUGUGAGCUUGCCACGGUCGACGCUUUACAAUCACUACAUGUGGCACUGCAACGAGAACAAACUGGACGCGGUAAAUGCGGCCAGCUUUGGCAAGCUGAUCCGUUCGGUGUUCAGCGGGUUGCGGACGCGCCGGUUGGGAACGCGCGGUAACAGCAAGUAUCACUACUACGGCAUUCGCAUCAAGCCCACCAGCCCGCUGGUCAACGCCAUCGACUGCAAGCCGCAACACUCGGGCCAGCUGAUGGGCGGACACCAUCAACAGCUGGGCAAUGGGAACGGCUGCCUCGGUGGUGGCAACGGCAACGGUAUGCACGUCCACGGCAACACCGGAUCGGGUGGCAACGGUGGGACCGGUAUCCAAACUAACGGGUCGAUGGGAGCCGGCGGUGGUCACGGUGGUGUAGCGCAUCACCAAGGAGCGGCCGGGCACGGAAUGUCGAUGGGCCAUGGACGGGGUCCGAAGAAGAACAGUUUUAAGGCGGAAAUGCCCGAUUCGUGCGCGCAGUAUUUGGGUGAUCCGAGUGGUGCCAUACCGCAGUUUCCGAUCAUCGACAUGAUCCACCCGCUGCCGGACGAGAUAACUCUGGAGGACGUGGACACGCUCCGCUCGAUCUACCGCGAGCACUGCGAAGCGUUUUUGGAUGCCAUCCUUAACCUCGACUUCAACAUGAUCGAGUCGCUGUGGCGCGAGUUUUGGCGCGCCGAAAACAACAACAACAACGGGGACGAGUGCGAGGAAGAGAAGUAUCUCAGCAAACAGAAGCUGUACCUGCUGACGCAGUUCGAACCGGUGCAGGAGUUUGUGAAGCACGUCGAUUUCAAGUUUUACCAGAACAUGGUCGACGUGCUGAUCCCGGACGUGUUGCGACCGAUACCGACCGGCCUGACGCAGGCCAUUCGCAAUUUCGCGAAAAACCUCGAGAGUUGGCUCACUUCGGCGAUGAGCGGGUGCCCGGAGCCGAUCACGGCCAUCAAGCUGUCGGCGGUGUCGGCCUUCGGCCAGACGCUCCGCCGCUACACGUCGCUCAAUCACCUGGCGCAGGCGGCCCGGGCCGUGCUGCAGAACGGCACGCAAAUCGCGCAAAUGCUGAGCGACCUGAAUCGGGUCGACUUCCGCAACGUGCAGGAGCAGGCAUCGUGGAUCUGCCAGUGCGACACGUCCAUCGUGCAGCGGCUGGAGAACGACUUCAAGGCGGCUCUCCAGCAGCAGAACACGCUGGAGCAGUGGGCCUGUUGGUUGCAGAACGUGGUGGACGACGCGCUGCAGGAUUUCCGCGGCAAACCGAGCUUCGUCAAUGCGGCCCGCCAGUUUCUGCUGAAGUGGAGCUUCUACAGCUCGAUGGUGAUCCGCGACCUAACGCUCCGGUCGGCCGGCAGCUUCGGUAGCUUCCAUCUGAUACGGUUGCUGUACGACGAGUACAUGUUCUUCAUCAUCGAGCACAAGGUUGCGAAAGCGACCAACACCACACCGAUCGCGGUCAUGGGAGAGAAAGUAGCGCCACGGCCGACACACGACGAUCUGGACAGCAUGCUGUACAGCACCGAGUACGGCAUGGUGAACGUGAAGCUGGAACCGAACGCCAAGCGGAUGCGGAGUUAG